AUGGAAAUCCCUUCAGAGAAGGAGGCAGACCUUGGUGCAGACCUUGGGGCAGAUUUCACAGCCAGUGAUACUUCCCUGGGCAAGAAAAAGCGCUCCAGCUCCGAGACCGCUGAAUACCCCCGACGACGGGCAACCAUAGCUUGUCAAAUAUGUCGGCUGCGCAAGACUCGGUGCAAUGGGGCUCGUCCUAAGUGUCAACUCUGCUCAGAUUUGAACGCAGAAUGUGUCUACCGAGAACCUGGCAUCAAACUAGAUGCCGGCGACAAGCUCAUUCUAGAUCAUUUGGCUAGAAUAGAGGGACUCCUGCAUUCAAGCUUGGCAGGUCAAGGAUCUCACCUCGCUUUGUCUUCGACUUCCCCGGCCACCAGCAAUGACACCAAUCUUGGCAGUGAGGAAACAUCAGCUAGGAUGUCUGGUGGACUGCAGGUGCCUGGUAGAUUGUCCGCUGUUGGACUCGGGUCCUGGGUCAACCCACCAGCCAGUACUAGUAUUUCUACGAUGCCCAAAAUGCACACUACUCCAGCUCUGCAUCUUCUGCAAUGGCCAUUGAUUCGGGACUUGGUAUCUGUGGCUUAUGAUCCACAGCACUUACUACAGCUAGAAAUGGCUCGCGAGCCACUGCGGAUGACACCAAACUCAGGGUUCGAUUUGACGAAUGCAUCCACAUAUGCCCAGGCCUUUUUCAACCAUGGCAAUGUUUGGUAUUCAUGUGUGAAUCCUUUUACAUGGAAUCGAUAUUAUCAGACUGCUCUCGCACAAGGCUUUCAAGAAGGACCGAUGAGCUGCCUUGUCUUGCUGGUCUUAGCCCUAGGAUGUGCCAGCCAUAGUGGUAGUAUCUCGUUCGUCCCACCAGAUCGUGAGCCACCAGGACUGCCCUAUUUUGCAGCCGCAUGGAGCCUGUUGCCAUCGGUCAUGAUGCGAAACACUGUGUUUUCAACACAGUGCAUGGUCUUAACAUCUGCCUACUUGUUCUACCUUGUGCGGCCUUUGGAGGCCUGGACUCUGCUGUCAAAUGUUAGCAUGAAACUGCAGCUGUUAUUUGGCAGUCCCAACCGAAUCCCUAACCAAUGGAGGGAGCUGAGUGUCAGAGUGUAUUGGAAUGCCCUAUUGUUUGAAAGUGACCUUCUCGCAGAAUUGGACCUUCCACACUCUGGUAUCGUUCAUUUCGAGGAGCGUGUGGACCUCCCCGGAGGAUUCGAAGAUGAAGAUGCAGAGGAUGAAGAUGACGAAGAGGAUGGCGACACAGACCAAGGCAAAGAAAGUCGGAUGAGCAGGUUUAGGGAGGAAGCUGCCGGGCGUGAGCAGCUUUGGUACUUUCUGGCAGAGAUCGCGCUGCGAAGACUCCUAAAUCGCGUCAGCCAUAUCAUCUACCAAAAAGACCGCACACAUACUCUUUCAUCCCUUGGCCCAAUUGUCUCCGAGCUCGAUUUCCAGCUGUCGCAAUGGUACGAGAGCCUGCCCGGUCCCGUGCAGUUCCCUCUUACACAGGCACCUCUUUCCAACCCGGUCCAAACAGUGCUGAGGCUUCGCUACAACGCAUGCCGUACAAUAAUCUACCGUCCUUAUAUCUUGGCGGUCUUUGAGAACGAACAAGCAGGGGCGGAUUCCGGGGUGAGAGAGUGUUGCCGGCGAUGCUUGGAUGCUACUCUUCGCCAACUGGAGCACAUUACCAGUCACCGCGAGGGCCACCUACCAUACCUAUGGCAGGGUGCGCUAUCAAUGGUAUCACAGACCCUGUUGAUCAUGGGUGCCACUAUGUCUCCGUCCCUCUCCACUCUACUUCCACCUGCACCAAGAAUGGAUUUCAUCAUCGCGGGUGUUGUAGGUGAGGUAGAGAGAUAUGCACAUUUAGCGCCGAGUUUGAAACUGUCUGCUGAUAUAAUCCGAGAUGCCGAGAGACGAAGGCAGAUUUGUCUUCGGUCCGCCGGUAUGUGUCUUUGA